UUGAUACCCGCUUUCCGACCCCACGAGUCAGUCAUGUCUUGGCUUGCGCACGUCAAACGUGCUGCUACUGCCCCUCUUCAAGCCAACACUUCGACGUCGGACGUACUCUUGCCAAGGUUUCCCUGGUCAGCCCAGAGGAUUGGAGACAGCUGAUCCCCUCGCAUUCUGGUCGAAGAAGCGUUACGAGUGCUGGAGGCAAUUGUGCGAUACUUUGACGAAUGCAGCGACCUUGAUCAGGCGGCCGCUGCGGUACACUUGUACUGUACUACGACACGCCAUCCAUAGUCAAGAUGCUUUGCUUCCUGUUUCUACAAGCAUACCACCCGCUUGCUAGACAGGAUUGGUCCAGGGUGGCUGACAGUACCGUUGCGCGUGCCCUCGUGGAGACGGAUCAGCCCGUCUAUGCAACCACUUUGUCGCACAUCGUUCCUUACGAAGUCGAGAUGCUGGUCUGGCAGAAGGAGUCAGAUCUCCUGGGAGCUUCAAAGGGCCGCAGAAGGUCUGGUUGCCAACGCCCAGCUUUUUCAGAGACUUCAAACGGUUGCGUCGCUGACGACGUCAUCCCGCUUUCGGCCAGGAGCAGCUGUCUCUUCUCUUUGCGAGCACUACAGGCCGUCAGUCGCACGGGCAUGGGCCAAGGACAUCCGGAUCGCCACUCGGAAGCUCAUCGCUUAUAUGUAUCUACGAGCGAGGCAUUCGUUGAGGAACCCUGUUGUCGGAUCUGCGAGGCAGAAAUGGUGCCCUCACUGGGAAUGUCUCCCUAUGGCCCAGGCACCAUCUUGCCAAGCAUGGUACUUGGACGCCAUAGUCCCGCGCAGCAACAGAGGCAUUUACUCGGACGACAACAUCCACCUCUUGCACGUCGGAUGCAAAUUCGUCAAGCAAGCCUUUGACCUCGAGGAGGCGAUGGUGUUGAUUGCGCAUCUGGGUGAAGAUUGCCGCUUCGAAGUGGGCGCCAACGGGAUGCUCUGCCCGGCCGUGUUGUCAAGAGUGGAUCACGAAACGAUGUCUCUCGCCGUCGUCGAGGCUUGGGCAAAGAGGCCUGCGAGGCCAAAACAUCGCAGUCACCACGUUUCUGCCAUUGAGGGUCCUCUGACGCUCGAGCAGAUCGUCCGAGUGGUCAAGCGCGUGAUGGUCACAGAGACAACGUGCCGUGACCCUUCUGGCUCUGAACUGCCCCUCCCCCUGGCAUCUCUGGAUCGAAUCAAUCCAAAUGGAGAUUACACCGAGGACAACAUCCGCUUGUUACUCUUAGGUCUCAACAAGCUACGGAGGGUGUGUGUUGACGAACGACCGAUUGUUGAUUGGCUCAAGCGGAUCUCGCCCGCAACCAUCAGCAGGGGUAGGCGUCUGCGAGAGCAGGAGCACGUCCGGCUGCCCUACAGCAGUUGGGGAGAGAAGCUCCUGGCUCGGGUGGGUGUUGACGAGAUAGAGGCUCUGCCGAUGGAGGCGAUGGAGAGCCAAGAGGAAGGUCUCGGGGAUGAGGAUGCUGAAGAGCGUGAGACUUUCGAGGACGUUUUUGCUCACUGAAGCGGACGGGAGCACAAUGGAAGCCAUCUUAUAGGCCCAAUCUUAGAACCCCGAUCUCGUCAGUAGGCACGUCAAGGCUAAGCCCUUGAUUGCUAAACAAGGCCUAGACAGUUGUCAUGGUCUUUGAGCAACAACAAGCCCACAUUGGUCGUAGCCUAUAGCCUUGUAUCUACCAAAGUCGCCGUGCGAACCACACGCGAGCCUUUAACCCUGUAUACAUCCUACGAUCAAUUCACAAGUAGGCCAUACUUUCUUGCUUCUCG